AGGCAGGCCGGGCGCGCACGCUGCCGGGCUGUAUCGCCGCCCCAGCCGCCGCCGGGACGGGAAGUGAGCCGCGCGGGCCCGCAGAGCGAGCGAGUUGCAGCGGCCCCGCAGCCGCCCGCACCCGGGGCGAAGCAUGGCGGCCGCCAAGGUGGCUUUAACCAAGAGAGCAGAUCCAGCUGAGCUUAGAACAAUAUUUUUUAAGUAUGCAAGCAUUGAAAAAAAUGGUGAAUUUUUCAUGUCUCCCAAUGACUUCGUCACUCGAUAUUUGAACAUUUUUGGAGAAAGCCAGCCUAAUCCAAAAACUGUGGAACUUUUAAGUGGUGUGGUGGAUCAGACUAAAGAUGGAUUAAUAUCAUUUCAAGAAUUUGUAGCAUUUGAAUCUGUCCUGUGUGCACCGGAUGCUUUGUUUAUGGUGGCCUUUCAGCUGUUUGACAAAGCUGGCAAAGGAGAAGUUACUUUUGAGGAUGUUAAGCAAGUUUUUGGACAGACCACAAUUCACCAGCAUAUUCCAUUUAACUGGGAUUCAGAAUUUGUGCAACUACAUUUUGGAAAAGAAAGAAAAAGACACCUGACAUAUGCGGAAUUCACUCAGUUUUUACUGGAAAUACAACUGGAGCAUGCAAAGCAGGCCUUUGUGCAAAGGGAUAGUGCCAAGACGGGAAGAGUCACAGCCAUAGACUUUCGAGACAUCAUGGUCACCAUCCGCCCCCAUGUGUUGACACCCUUUGUGGAAGAAUGCCUCGUAGCUGCUGCUGGUGGUACCACGUCCCAUCAAGUUAGUUUCUCCUAUUUUAAUGGAUUUAACUCGCUCCUUAACAACAUGGAACUCAUUAGAAAGAUCUACAGUACUCUGGCUGGCAGCAGGAAAGAUGUAGAGGUGACUAAGGAGGAGUUUGUUCUGGCAGCUCAGAAAUUUGGUCAGGUUACACCCAUGGAAGUUGACAUCUUGUUUCAGUUAGCAGAUUUAUAUGAACCACGGGGACGUAUGACCUUAGCAGACAUUGAACGAAUUGCUCCUCUGGAAGAGGGAACUCUACCUUUCAACUUGGCUGAGACCCAGAGGCAGAAGUCCUCAGUCGAUUCAUCUCGACCAGUUCUUCUACAAGUUGCAGAGUCGGCCUAUAGGUUUGGUCUGGGUUCUAUUGCUGGAGCUGUUGGAGCCACUGCUGUGUAUCCUAUUGAUCUUGUAAAAACUCGAAUGCAGAACCAAAGAUCAACUGGCUCUUUUGUGGGAGAACUAAUGUAUAAAAACAGCUUUGACUGUUUUAAGAAAGUGCUACGCUAUGAAGGCUUCUUUGGACUAUAUAGAGGUCUGUUGCCACAGUUACUGGGUGUAGCCCCAGAGAAGGCCAUAAAACUUACAGUGAAUGAUUUUGUGAGGGAUAAAUGUACGAACAAAGAUGGUUCACUUCCACUUGCAGCAGAAAUUCUGGCUGGAGGCUGUGCAGGAGGUUCCCAGGUGAUUUUCACAAAUCCUUUGGAAAUAGUCAAGAUUCGUUUGCAAGUGGCUGGAGAAAUAACUACUGGUCCCCGAGUCAGUGCCCUGUCUGUCUUAAAGGACCUGGGGUUCUUUGGAAUCUACAAGGGUGCCAAAGCAUGCUUUCUGCGGGACAUUCCUUUCUCGGCCAUCUACUUCCCAUGCUAUGCUCAUGUGAAGGCUUCCUUCGCGAAUGAAGAAGGGCAAGUCAGCCCUGGAAGCCUGCUCCUGGCUGGUGCCAUAGCUGGUAUGCCUGCGGCAUCUUUAGUGACCCCUGCUGAUGUUAUCAAGACUCGAUUACAGGUGGCUGCCCGGGCUGGCCAAACCACUUACAAUGGAGUGAUAGACUGCUUCAGGAAGAUACUGCGGCAAGAAGGCCCAAAGGCUUUGUGGAAAGGAGCUGGUGCUCGUGUGUUUCGAUCCUCACCCCAGUUUGGUGUCACUUUGCUGACAUAUGAAUUGCUACAGCGAUGGUUCAACAUUGAUUUUGGAGGAGUAAAAGCCGUGAGAUCAGAGCCGGUUUCUAAAUCCAGGCUCACACUGCCUGCUCCCAAUCCUGAUCAUGUUGGAGGCUAUAAACUGGCAGUCGCAACAUUUGCAGGGAUUGAAAACAAAUUUGGACUUUACCUACCUCUCUUCAAGCCAUCAACAUCUACCUCAAAAGUGCCCAGUGGAGGCCCAUAGCAGGGCUGGCGCUGGGAGAUUGCUGUAGCUGUUGCUAAAGAAUGCACAUCUCAGAAUGAAGCAAUAUUUCAUUCCUUUCAUCUCCAUCUCUAGUUACAAUUCAAUUUGAGGCUUUUUAUGAAGUGAAAUCAUUCGUUUUCUUUGUAUUCUCAUAACCAGAUCAUUGUGAAAUUAUUUGUAAUUAUUAUUUGGGCCUCUGCUCACAAACCUUUGUUUGCAUCUCACAUUGGCUGGGAUUUGGUCAGCACUAACAUGAUUUAGGAGAACUGAAGCUGAAUAGAAAUGAGAGCUGUUCUCCUUAGACUAGGAUUUCAGUCCCAAGAAUGUUACUAAAAGGCAAUCAUGGUGCUCAGAGCAAAGUGUUUCAUGCAUGUGUUUGACUUGGUAGGAAACUAGGUGCAUAUUUAUAGCAAUAAAAAACACUGGAAGCAAUGAAAAUAUUGUCAGAAAUAGCCAGCCUGGUUUCACAUUUUAAAUAUGCACUAAUUCUGUCUCUGUAUUAUAUUAUGAAGCUCUUAUGUGAAACAUGUUUUUUUUGUAACGAAAACCACAUUGAAGAUGUUUAAUAAUCAUAUUCUGUUACUGGUGCCAAGACUACUUGGGAGAAGUCUUUGUACUUUAUGGAAGUGCUCUUGGCAUUUUAUUAUAUUAAUAGAGAAACUAUGAGAUGCCCCUUCUCUCCUGGAAGUGCUAGUGUGGUAACUGCUCAUAUGAUGCACAAAUGGUGAUUCUUCUAUAUCAAUAAACAAUGUAGAAAAAUGCAUGCCCCUGUGACUGGGACCUACCUGUAUCCCCACACAACCCCCUGUUAUUGGCGCCCAUUUACUUUUAAAAUCCAUUUUAUCUUGAAUCAUGUAAGACAAACACACUUUAAUAGCUUUUAAUUUGUGGUACCUUGUAUAAUGGCCAGAAGGCUUGUGUGUUUGUGAGGAAGAAAAUAAACUAUUUUUAAAG